CCCUUCAAUCCCACACUUGCAGCAACUGUCUGAUGAUGAUGGUGAUGCUGGGAGUUUUCAUCUCUGUGGCCCUCAUUCUGGGCACAGCAAAUGCAGCUUCUUUGGGAGCGGUGUACACCGAGGGAGGGAUGGUACAGGGAGAGAAACAUAGUGUUGGACUCUUCCGCUAUAUGGACGUGUUCAAGGGAAUCCCCUUCGCAGCACCACCUGGCAGAUUAGAGAAGCCCGUUCCUCACCCAGGCUGGGACGGUGUUCUGAAAGCCACUGACUACAGUAAGAGAUGCAUGCAGCUCAAUCUUCUCGCUACUGAUGUCGUGGGCAGUGAGGACUGUCUCUACCUGAACAUCUGGGUCCCUCAGGGCAGAAGUGUGUCUACCAAUCUGUCUGUUAUGGUGUUCAUCUAUGGUGGUGGCUUCCUGCUUGGUGGUGGUCAGGGUGCAAACUUCUUGAACAACUACCUGUAUGAUGGACAGGAGAUCGCAGACAGAGGAAAUGUCAUCGUGGUGACAUUCAACUACCGUGUCGGAUCCCUCGGAUUCCUCAGCAGCGGAGAUGCUGAUGCACCUGGAAACUAUGGCCUGUGGGAUCAGCACGCCGCUAUCUCCUGGGUACACAGAAACAUCAGGAAUUUUGGUGGCAAUCCAGACAACAUUACCAUCUUUGGGGAGUCAGCAGGAGGAGCCAGCGUGAACUUCCAGAUUCUUUCCCCUAAAAACAAGGGCCUGAUCCGCAGAGCUAUCUCACAGAGUGGUGUUGCUCUCUGUCCCUGGGCUGUCAACAGAAAUCCACGACAGUAUGCUGAGGAGAUUGCAAAGAAGGUAGGAUGCCCCACUGAUAGCGGGAUGGUGGCUUGUCUGAGGAGGACAGAUCCAAAGACUGUAACUCUUGCUGGGAAUGUGAACUUCAGUGCAUCUGCUUCUCAUCCCAUUGUACACAAUCUGGUUCUGUCCCCCGUCAUCGAUGGUGACUUCCUCCCCGGCGAGCCUGAAACCCUUUUCGAGAAUGCUGCUGACAUUGACUACAUCGCUGGAGUCAAUGACAUGGACGGCCACCUCUUUGCCACCGUUGACAUCCCCUCUCUCAACAACGCACUUGUGUCCACCCCUGUGGAGGAUGUCAGGGCUCUCUCGAUUGCCCUGUCUGAAUCUAGAGGACCAGAUGCUGGUAUCACAACUUAUGAGGAGUACACAGUCAAUUGGGGUAGCGAUCCUAGUGAUAAGGUUGUUAAGAAAACGAUUGUUGACAUGGAGACGGACUACAUCUUCCUGGUGCCAACCCAAGCGGCCCUGUAUCUCCACUCUGACCAUGCUAAAUCUGGACGAACCUACUCCUACCUGUUCUCUGAGCCCUCUCGCAUGCCUAUCUUCCCACUCUGGAUGGGUGCCGAUCACGCUGAAGACCUUCAGUUUGUGUUUGGGAAGCCUUUCAGCACUCCUCUGGGCUACUUUCCUCGCCAUCGUGACGUCGCCAAAUACAUGAUUUCCUACUGGACCAAUUUUGCUCAAACUGGUGAUCCUAGCAAAGGUGAGUCCAGUGUUCCUGUAAGCUGGCCUGAAUUUGCCAGCAGUGGCCAUCAGUAUCUAAAUAUCAACAACAAGAUGAACAGGGACAGCGUCAAGCAGAUGUUGAGAACACGCUUGGUUUACUACUGGACUACCGUCUUUGCCAGCUUUCCUGCCGUCCAGAAGAGCUGAGCACUAGCAACCCGACUAGAGAAUCGUGUAGCCAUUUAGCAGUGAAUAUGAUGCUAAGAUUCAUG